AUGUACAGUAAGGGAGAUGUUGGCAAGGUCACCUGUGUUUCAGAGGUAAAGAAACAAAUUACUUCAUUGCGUACACAGUACAGUCGAUUACUGAAGCCCAAGCCAAGUGGCAGUGGAGAUGCAACUGCUACAGCAAAGCAGAUCUGGCUUCAUAAAAAUAUGGAAUUCUUAAAAAAACACAUGAUGCCACGUAACACAGAGACCAGUCUUGACCCAUCAAUAAAGGAACUGUUGAAAGAAGAUGAGAAGUACCCAAAUGAAAUGAGUGAUCAAGAAGACUGCAUGUCAGAUGGAUCUGACCAGGAAGCAAGACCACUUCAAAAGCGGUCCGGGAAUGCUCAAACUGACACUUACAAAGAAAAAAGUGCUUUUCCAACAACAAAAGCACAUCCAAAGAAACGGAGACAAUCUGAAGACAUAGAAAUUCAGAAACUUACAGUGUUGAAAGAGAUGUCAGCAUUCGUUCAAAAUGCCAGUUCAAAGCCGUCUGCUGCUGCUGCUAAUUCAGAAGCCACGUUUGGGCACCAGGUGGCAAUAGAAAUUAGCAACAUUAAAGAUAACACCUUACGAAUUAGUGUAAAAAGAAAAAUAAUGAAUAUAAUUUAUGAGGCACAAGAAUCAGAGCAGUUUGGUGCAACCCCAAACUAUCCACAAAACCCACCCUUCAUUGCUCACCAGCCACCUUCUCCGUAUACACCAACCUUUCAACCCCCACCUCAUUUUUCAUCUCACUCACUUCCACCACAUGCACAUAAUUACAAGACACAAUUUGACCAUCCUCAAACACAUGGGUUUCCUAAGAUGGUCCAUGAUGUUGAGGACUAA